AUAGGAAGCUCUUUUCCAUAACGCUAUACAACAGCACUGCUCUAAUAUAAAGAUGCAUCUGUCUGAGGAUUCCGACUACAUCCCAGUAGAGAUGCAGUGGGAUACGCAAGACAGCACCAAGGGCGAGCCGACUGAGGACGAUUUAUCUCAGGAUCUCGAUAAACUGGGGAUCGACAAGGAGAAAGAAGCGACCAGCAACAACAUUGAAGCUGAAGGGCAGGAUGCGGCAUGGGAAAACCCCGUCUCUCUGGCCGACACGACUAUUGAUCAUGGUGACGAAGUUGCUCGGGAGCUCAUCGAGAUAGACCCUGAAGGAGACGCUGCCCUUCGUGUAGAGUCCAAGGACCUUAUUGUAUCAUCAAAGAUCCUAAGCAUGACAUCUACUGUGUUCAAUGAAAUGAUGAGGAAAGAUGACACUGAAACCGCUGAUUUGGGCGCACUCCUGAUUCUGCGCUUGGAGGGUGAUGAUCCUAGAGCUUUGACUCUGCUGUGCCAACUUUUGCACUACAGAUUCGAUGCUGUCGAGUCCCAGCCGAAUCUGGAUCUGUUACUGGAGUUUAUAAAUCUGGCCAACAAAUAUAAGUGUAUACCGUCAGUUCAGCUCCAGGCAUCCCACUGGCUUCGUGGUGAGGCCAAAUCCCCGUGGCUUACCCGUGAAGAGACGAAGAAAAUGUGCCGUGCGGCAUUUCUAUUGGGAGAUGGAGAAGAAUGCCGCAAAAUCAUGGAGUCUUUCACAGCAGAUGAACUUGAAGAAAUGCUGAUAGACUCUGAUCUUCCUGCGGAACUGAUAGUCGAAAUAUUCUCUCUUCGACGCAGAAAUUUCGGGAGCUAUCUCGCCGCAAUCGAGAAUGCCAUCCUCUAUGUGCAGCGGGAGAGUAAAAGGAGGAGAUGGUCAAGUCAAAAAAUCUGCAGCUCCUGUCGGAUGCUCAAGCCUCGACAAACAAGAGUGUGCGGUUCGUGCAGAGGGCGCGAAUUCGAAGAAUUCGACUGCACGAGCGCUUCGCAAUUAGCCGCAUUCAUGAAGAUCCUCGUAUCGUGUGGUGUAUGGCCGUUGAAUGAGCGAUUUAACGAGGCCACUGCCAAGAUCAAUGGUAUACUUAAAGAUGGGACUGAUGAGCUUUAUAGACAGGGGAACACCAUGCACGAUUGUGAUUACGGGACGGACUGCGUUGUCCAUACGGCCCUAUCACGGUUGAUACUAGAUCUGAGGGCCAUACAAGGUGCCUAAGUGGAUGAUGCAAGGCGCGAGAAGAAGUCCCUCAUAUGGCCACGAGCGCGGCAGUAUGCUCCUGAUAAUCGAAUAUCAUUGCUACUAAGGACUUAUUUUAUUGAUUCAUCCAAAGGAGUAAAAGAGGAAGGAAACUGUAAUUGCAAGUAGAACUCCUAACCACAGCCGAUAUUCG